AGUGGAUACCAUAUGAAGACCUUAAAAACAUACGCCCUGUAACAAAAGGUGCAUUUGGCUCCAUUUAUAUUGCAGAAUGGCCAAAGGGGGGAUUAGACUCAUUUGAUAAUGAACGGCAAAUAUUUCAACGUGAUGGUCCCGACACACCAACAAUACGUCCACCAGGACAGGCGUCACUUGAGGUUAUUCUUAAACAGAUAGAACACUCUAGUAACCCAACUGCCGAAUUUUUAAAAGAGCUUAAAGUGCACGUUUCUCUGCGUAGCAGCGGAUACCAAGUUGUGCACUGUUUGGGCGUAACCAAGGAUCCAAUUGCCGAGGAUUAUGUAUUGGUCAUGUGGAGGAUGCGGGAAGACUUGCGUCAUUAUAUAAAAAAAAACUAUGCGUCAAUCGCGUGGAAAGAUGUCUACUACAUUUGUUUCGGUAUCUGUUCGGCAAUUAACGAAAUACACGAAGAUAAUUUAGUACAUAAAGAUUUGCACCCAGGAAAUAUUUUGCGGCAAGAUCACAAUUUUUGGGCUAUUUCUGAUUUGGGGCUAUGCGGACCUCCAAGCAAACCUCACGGAAGCGUUUAUGGUAUUCUCCCCUACAUUGCACCAGAGGUGUUGUUUGGCAGUGAGUAUACAUCCGCAGCUGAUAUUUAUAGUAUCGGAAUGUUGAUGUACGAGUUGUCCACUGGCCGACUCCCAUUUAGCGGCCGCGAACACAAUUAUGAGUUGGCUGUUGAUAUAAUAGACGGUAUUCGUCCAGAAAUUAUAAAUAGCCUUCCCGAAUCGUAUGAAAAAUUGAUGAAACGGUGUUGGGAUGCCAAUCAUGUGAACCGACCAAGUGCCUCAGAACUUAUGAAUUAUUUUUGGGAAACAUGUAAAUCUGUGGAAGAACUUGAGGAUUUCGGCGUAGAGUUGGUAAUGCAAGAUAUACCAUCAACAGUUAAUUCAUAUAGCGCACUUUACAACUUUGACCUCCCUGCUCCACGAAGCGCAACUGCAG